AUGUAUCAACCCAUUAAAGUUGAUGUCUCGUCCAAAACCAAACCUCUCAACAAGAAAGCUUCCUUCAUGGUAGAAGAUCUUCUACGAAAUACGCACGCCUCCAGUACUGAUACCAACGACUGCUCAUCAUCGCAGCAAUUCAACACUGAAAGACACUGCAAGACUGCAUCAACAGGUCUUAGCUGGACAAAAGAAGAUUGCGGGUCAAAAGAAACAUCACCAAACUACUGCACAUCAACAAGAGACGUGUCCACACACUGCCAUCAAGACGGUUCCUCUCCACUGUCUUCUACGUCCAAUACAGUAGCAGCCCUUUCACACGAUCAACAGCACCACCUUGAGAAAGUCUUCAGAUUUCAACGAUACCUUGGAACCAAAGAACGUCAACGCCUCGCCGCUACAAUACGAGCAACCGACCAACAAGUCAAGAUGUGGUUCCAGAACAAACGAGUGACGCUCAAACUCCAGAUAGACAAAGCACAACACAGACAAGCCAAGCUAGCCUACCUGAACAGCCUUGCAAAAAGUCUUCUUAACACUACACAACAACCAAGCUUGCCGCCAAAAAUUGUCAAGCCAUCGGUCCGCAAGUGUUCCAGUCUCUCCUCGCGACAUGUACCAUACAGGAACUACGAUGACCAGCUGUCAAGCCGGUACUCAAGACCUCAACGAGUUACACCGUACAGUUGGAAUCAGAACAGAUAUAGAAUUGAUUGGGUACCUAAUGUUUUUCACUAUCAUCCACAAGUAGUGCCUUACUUGUCUUGA